GGCAAACACAACUUACAGCAGUCUUGAAACUAUCGCCUUUCCGUUCGUGGCUGUCACUCUGAGCAAGCUACCGCUUCCUUUCGCGUCUGCUCAUUCCUUGCUGCUGCCACAUUCGCACCUUCGCCCUGACGCAAUAACAUCCCGCAACCGGCACUGAAGCAACAACCCCUCUCGCCCCAGAAAGCUUUCAGCACCAAACGCCCCGGCUGGGCCCAUUCCGCACUCAUGACGACCGUUUCAUGAUUUAUGCUUAUGUCCUCUUGGAUAAUGCCUUUGAAGGGGUUACGCAUCCACCGUAGCACUGAGGACGUCCGCCAUCAGAGCGGAGUCGAGACCUCGCACCAAGACCCUCGGCACAGCGAACAGUUACCGCGCCAGCGCUCACAAACCCCUCCAGUUUCGUCGUCCUUGGAACAUGGAGGAGACACGCCUUCCACUGAUGUCCUCUCGCCUGCCCUUUCCGGAUCCGAGGAUGUGACCAGACCAUCUUCUGGAGCUCCGCCCAGUCCACCAAUCCAGGAGCAGUCCUCCAAGCAUAAGCGUUUUAGUAUGCUGAAGCUCCGUUAUGCUUCAGAUCCACAGCUCUCCCAAAGAGCAAAAGAACACGCUGCUGCUGCUGCUGCCGCCGGACCGGUUCCCCCCGUGCCCGACGUACCCUCGACACCUGCCAUCAUUACCACCGCUCCUACAAUGGACCAAAAUGUUGCUCCUCCGAAACGAAAAACGAAGCUGAAAGUGCCUGGUUUUCCACGACGCCUCGGCGACGCUCGGCCGCCUGCAUCCCCUCGACAUCGCUUCUCGUUCGCAGAGCCUAGAGGGAAGAGAGAAGGCGUGGCGCUGGCACCACCGCGAGACUCCACAACGGACGGCCCCAGCACCUCCGCCAUCAACCUUCGGCAACCCCAGCAUCGAGAUUCGACCACGCUGCCACAGGGCCCUCCACCCCCGGCCUAUGGAGACGAAUCCAACUCCUCUUUGGCUCUGCCCAUCUCACGUCUAUCAGACUCUUCCCGAUCUGAUACGAGUUCAGGCGAUCAUGUGGCAUAUGCAAGCACCACGACCACCACGCACACCGUCUCCACCACCACGACCUUCUUCCGGCUCCCGCGUCGCAAGAAGCACCGUCCUCUUUUCCCUCUCCCGGUAAAGCUGCCUCCGCCGAGCUCGUCCGCAAGUCCAAACCGCUCCCCUCGCCUGUCCAGUAGCUCUAGAGUCUCGGAUUCAAACCAUCGAUCGGCCACCCCCAUCUCCCCUCCGAGUUCCGUCUUCCAUCCAUCAUUCGAAGAGUCUCGCAGCCCGAAUAGCCGUGGCUCGCCGCUGGCGUCUCCCUCGCAAUCUGCCUUGGCGGCUUCAUCCUCCGGUGGCUUCUUUGCUCGUGCGCCGCCCUUGCUGAGACAGGACUCGAAAGCCUCGACGCGUUCGGUACGAUCCUCGCCCGGAGGACCCCCGAGCUCGAAACCUAGUUUUAGAGAACGGUCGUCGACGGUAGGAUCUCUAGGCCACGGCGACAGUGAUAGUUUUCUGCCUACCCCUCCGGGACCCUCGUCCGGCCGUACCUCGACGUCGACAACGGGCCGCGGCAGCUUUGGCGCCUUGUUCUCUUUUACCCGCGUGCGAGAAAACUCUGAUGGGCACCUGCCGCGGGUCGGAAGCUUUUCUGGCUUGGGCCCGUCUGGCACGGCCACGCCCAAGUCGAAUUCCUUUAGCCUCGCACGAAAUCCUUUGCCGAUACCUGAACGAGAACAAGACGACACUCCUGCCAAAUAUCUUUCUCGACUCACCGAGGCGGUGAGCCGGAGUGUGGUUGCAAGCGUCUGCUCCAAAUCGGGCGACGAGUUCUCCCAAGCCGUUCUCCGAAGUUAUAUGCGUAGCUUCAGCUUCUUUGAGGAUCCACUUGAUAUGGCCAUUAGAAAACUGCUCAUGGAGGUAGAGUUGCCCAAGGAAACUCAGCAGAUCGACAGAGUGCUUCAGGGAUUCGCGGAUCGCUAUCAUGAAUGCAACCCUGGAGUGUAUGCAUCACCUGACCAAGCGUACUUCAUUGCAUUUUCCAUCUUAAUCCUUCAUACCGACAUUUUCAAUAAGAACAACAAGCAUAAGAUGCAGAAGAGCGACUAUUUAAAGAACACUCGUGGUGAAGGGAUUGCCGACGAUAUCCUCGAAUGUUUCUAUGACAAUAUCUCGUACACUCCCUUUAUUCAUGUUGAAGAUGACUUGGACGUCAAUGGGGAAAGGAUCAUUCCCCAAAGACCGCGAAAGGCCCUCUUCAAAACUGCCAGUGAAUUAUCCUUUCAAAAAACAUCCAGAGAGCCAGUUGAUCCCUACGCGCUGAUUUUGGAUAACAAACUCGGAAUUCUGCGUCCGACAUUAAAAGAUGUCAUGCAAUUGGAGGAUCCGUACAGUUACUUGGGCACUGCCCAGAGCCUAGACCUCGCCAACAUUCAUCGAUCUUUUUUUAGGUCUGGGGUGCUACAGAUUAUGUCUGCUAGGUCUCGCCCUGAAGCUUUCAUGUCACCAAAUACGAUUACCAAUCCUGAAGAAGCCCACCCGGGUGUGGUCGAUAUCAAAGUGACUAAAGUCGGCAUACUUUGGCGAAAAGACAUCAAAAAGAAAAAGGCACGCUCGCCGUGGCAAGAGUGGGGCGCGAUCCUUACGGGUUCUCAGCUAUAUUUCUUCCGCAACACCGCUUGGGUGAAGAACUUAAUCCAUCAGCAUGACGCGCAUCACAAACAGGGUCAUUCGACAACUCCAGUGGUGUUUCGGCCACCGCUAGAACACUUCAAACCUGACGCCUCAAUGUCGACUGACGAUGCCGUUGCCUUGCUGGAUUCUAGCUAUAAAAAGCACAAACAUGCAUUCGUCUUUGUCCGGCAUGGGGGCUUCGAAGAGACCUUCUUAGCAGACACUGAGAACGAGAUGAAUGAUUGGCUCUGUAAACUCAAUUAUGCAGCAGCGUUCCGCACGGCUGGUGUGCGCAUGAGAGGCUUUGUUGGUGGGCAUUCUGAAAUGCAACGUAAUCGAACGGUCCGGAAUGUGGACUCGACCGGCUCAACGCAAUCUAUUCAGACACCUACUGGAGAGGUUACUGUUACAAGUGGCAAAAUUGAUACCCCACUCGCGCAGCAGAUUUUAGCGGCGAGACGUCAGAUCAUGACGCAGAAGAUCAAGGAGAUGGAUGAAAAGUUGGGCCACAUUUGUACGCAGCUCGAAGCCCAGCUGAGAAAUGCGCGGCAUCUCCAAAUCCUGGCCCCCAUACAAUCAAAGACCAGAGAUCAGGUCAUUCUCAGCGCUGGUCGCAUGUCCGCUAAACUCAAGUGGCUCAGAAUGGAAAUUUGGCGACUGAAAUGUCACCGGGAAAUACUUUACAUGGACUUGGAUGAAGAAAGACGCACUCUGAGUGGCAUGCAAACUCGCAACCAACUUGUUGCUCACUCUGACCUAGCUGCUUCAGCGUUGCCUGCAACCCUUGCACACGUUGGCGAGGAGGUCAAACCUAUUGACGGCCCACUUUCUCCCGCAUCGAAGACUUCGGCUUCAAUCGCCAGCCCCAAGGAUAGCUUCCACAGCGUGGAUGAAGAAUUUGAGACACGGUCUAAUCGGUCUCAAAAUGCACGCACGGAAAAUGUCGCUGAGCCGGCAACUAUGCCUAGAGCGUCAAUCGAAGGGCAGGCUAAGUUCCCUUCAACCAUCAGUCCAAGUCGGCAAAGUCUUACCCACCGCCCAUCGAUCUCCAGCGCGCAUAGUAGUCAUACGUUCUCCAGUGCCUUGGAACAGAAUGCACAGUCACCAACCCCUGUUCCUGGCCGACAAGACGAUGGCAAAGAUGCGCCUGCCGAGACCAUGGUCGUUGGCCCUGAAGGAACUCUUUCAAAUACACCAGGGCUAGGCGCGGCUGAUGAGAAGCGACCGGAUGAUGAUGGGCGCACGAGCAUAUCUUACGACGCUGAGUCACCGGAAAGCCGGUCGAAGGUUCGGCGAAGCCUGCAUCGUACCUUGAGGGAUUCUCAUCUUCCGAGCCACCACAGAAGCCGCAAGGGUAAAGACCCAGUUUCUGGAGUGGGGCCGAGUGAGGAUGGUGCUCCUUCCACGGAAAUUGAGGGUCUGCCCCGAGUCUCGGGCAGCUUUACUGUCCACGGCAAAAAAGCUUCUGUUAUUACCUUUGGGGCAGAAUGGCAGAAUGUCUCUCCUGAAGAGCGACUGCGGAUGCGGAAACAGUCAAAGACGGAUGAUAUGAGGCUGCCUUCGAACAAAACCUUGAGUGAUGGAAGUGAUGCAGCCACAUUAUCGGUGCGCAGGCCUUCGUCUGUGAGAACGGCUAGCACUGUGACGACGCAGAGCGCCGCGCCUGCAGAGAACACGUUUCCUCUUGCUGCCGUUGACACAAGACACUCGGAUGCAUUCUCAAGAAAGUCUCAUGAAGCAGUCAGCCCCCGUUUCCUGGCAGUGGAUUUCAAGCCCCAUGAUUCUCCGGGCGCAGAGGUCCCUACGAUGACAGAUGAGCCUCAACAGGUGGACAAGAAGAUUUUGGAUCCGCCUCCUGCGGAGCUGGAGCAAAUCUGCCAUGACCCCGUGGAACCGCAGGACGAAGUUCAAGUUGCGGCAGAGGAGCCCAGAAUCCAAUCUCCACAGCCUCAAGCUGUAGGAGCAUAAGCACUCGCUCCAGCUAUACAUGAAAUUAUAGCAUCUUUAUUGACGUUCUUUCUCUGACGGCACUACAUAUUUCCAGGGGCUCUCUUUGGCGUCGUGAUGGUAGGAUAUCAUAUGUGUUCCUUUUUGUUUUUUUUUUUUUCUUUGCAGUGGUCUGCUUAUUCUUUACACCGUUCGCAAUUGGAGAAAG